CUCGGGUCUCACGGAACUGAGCGAGAUCUCGCCAUCCAUCCACACUCUGAACCUCAAGGCUGUCUACAGCACCAACCUAAUCAUACUGGGCAAAUCCGAAGCAUCACUUCCACCAUGUCCCUCAACCUAGAAAAGCAACUCACCUUUUAUGGUGCUUACCACUCUAAUCACGUUAAUGUAGUCAUCCACAUGAUAUGUGUGCCUUUAAUCCUCUUCUCGGCCUUUGAAAUUGCCUCCAACUAUGGACCGUUCUUCACACUCCCCUCCUGGCUCCAGGUACCCUACCUAGAGCCAAACCUGGGCACCUUUGCAGCUCUGACAUGGGGCGGACUAUACGUUCUCCUCGAGCCGGUCGCCGGCACCGCAUUGGCGCUCAUCUGCCUCGGUGCUUGCGCAUUCACCAACUAUCUCCGCAUUGCCGACCCAGUCUUGACCACCAAGGUUGCCAUUGUCGUUCACAUUGUGAGCUGGCUGGCGCAGUUCCUCGGCCACGGCAAAUUUGAGGGCCGUGCCCCUGCCCUCCUGGACAACCUCUUCCAGGCCAUCUUCCUCGCUCCGCUGUUCGUCUGGCUUGAACUCUUGUUCAUGCUGGGUUACCGCCCGGAGCUCAAGACGCGUGUGGACAAGGCUGUGGCGGUUGAGAUUGCCAAGUUCCGGGAGAGCAGGAACGCGAAGAAGGCGCAAUAAGGGAAAUUCGGCAUCCUUUACCGUCCAGCUGCCAGAUCAGGAGAGUACCCCGAGGUGAAGAGUUGGAUUUAUGUCAGGGGCGGUUUCAGGGGUAGAGAGGUCAUGCAACGAUGUCAACAACAGGCAUGAGCAGCUGUGACUCGACUCUGAGGUUAAUGAUAUCGUGGACGAUGUUUGAGCGGGAUUUGAACUGGCCCGCGUCUUUAUCACGGUCUCGUAGCGCAAGACUUGCUUGUCAAACAUGUGAUUCAAUGAUUGAGAUGGGGAAUCGCUGCUGAGGUUGUUAG